GUCUGUCAAUCUAUAGAGUGCUUUUCGCUAACGCUAGCAUGCUCGGUUGCGGUGUGAAGUUCCUAAGACAUUUGUGUCGGCGCGAUGUUGCUGAUUUGGUCUAAAAAGUUGCAGUGAUGAGACGUGGAGAACCUCUUCCACGGGCCUUUCAGGCUCCUGUGGAUGUACAUGCCAGUGCAGAUGGUCAAGUUUACAUGUUUAGACAAAGACCAGAAGAACUAGACGUGUCAUCUGAGAAUGUCAUGGAGCUUUGGCCACGGAGCAGAGAGUCAUCCUCACAGGAGUCACAGGAGAGAGAAAGAGUGGGAGAAGUGUUCUUGCUGGAAAGAGAUAUCUCCCAUGAGGACAAUCUCAACAAACUGGCCCUACAAUAUGGAUGCAAGGUGGCUGACAUAAAGAGAGUGAACAACCUUUUUCAAGAGCAGGACAUGUAUGCACUGAAGUCCAUCAAAAUCCCUGUUAAGAAGCAUGGCCUUCUAACAGAAGCCAACUCUGAGCUCAGGAACCCCCAGCAAAGACCCUCUUCUGAUGCAGUAUCACCACCCAAUCAGCAGCCGGACAGUGUUGAAACAAGCGUCUCGGGCAGACCUCAGGUGCAGGAGUACACUGACUUUCUUAAAGCGGUGGACAGUGACAUUGAACGUCUAAUCCAAAGCACAGACCCUCCAGAAGAGGGAUUUUCUGGCAGCUUCGGGGCAUCCAGGCGAUGGGGAUGGAGAAACCAGCACUUACGCAGCUACGGUGCAGACUGGGGGAUCCAAUGGUGGAAUGCUGUGGUCGCCAUGUUACUAAUUGGUAUUGUCCUACCAAUAUUCUAUGUGGUAUAUUUUAAAACUCAAGAUAGUGGGGAAGCUGUAGUGGACAAUGGAGUGGUCAACAUCUCUGUGCCUACCUCAAACAGUACAGUGAACCAUAGGAAUAUAAUCAGCAACCACCUUAAGGAAAAGCAGGUAUAACUUUGUAAAAUAAUGUGUGGUGCUGCCUAUGGUGUGUGGCCUUUUAAAUUUGUUUUGAUGCAUGUAAUUUUCCUUGGUACUUUGCAGAUACACUUGACAAAGCCCACAAGCCUGUUAAGCCUAAAUUAUAAUAAUAAUUUACUUAAUUUCAUCUGCUUAGUGAUAGCACAGUUAAAGAGACAAUUUACCCAAUGAUAUUAUGAGUUUGCAUACUCUACUUGCACCACACUCAGAAGGUUGAAACCAUUUAAUAGGUCAUUGGUGCUAUGAUUUCAUUUAUUGAAAAUGGUUAUAGAAUCACAGAGUAUUUCUUAAUUGUACUGUGGGAAAAACAAAAACUUUUAAAAGUCAUUAUACUGUAAAACACAUUUUAUCAUCUGUUUACUUUUCCAUAGAAUUGAUCUUAUUGCUGUGGUCUUGUCUUUGUAUGUCACUGCUUGGAAAAAGCUCACUGAUCACAAUGUAUUCAUGCAUAAUUGCAUUGGUAGUAUUGUUUGACUGAAGGGUAUUUUGUGCUCUCAAAUUUGAAUCCAUUUAUUUUUAAUUGAUUUAGCAAAACCCUAAUGCCAUUUUGUUUUUGUUUUUAAAUGUGGAAUGACACUGUGGUGUCAUUAGUGCCAAAGUAUGGACAUGUAUUAAAUCGCUGUUUGUUCAGUUGUUUGAAGUGCAAUAAAAACAUAUCUGA